AUGGAGGACGAAAAUAUUAUCCUCUGCGAUAAAUACUCAUUAGGCAAAAAAAUCGGCGAAGGAUCCUUCGGAGAGAUUUAUUUUGGAAUCGAUAUUGAAACAAAAAGAGAAGUCGCCGUCAAAGUAGAGCCACCAUCAAUUAAUGUUCCUCAAUUAAUUGCAGAAGCCAAAAUCAUACGCUCUCUCGAUAAAGGCAUUGGAAUUCCAAAAGUGAUAUGAUACGGAACCAGAGAAACCACAAACUAUAUGGUCAUGGAAAUGCUAGGACAAUCUUUAGAAGACAAGUUUAAAUUAUGCAAUCGAAAAUUUUCUAUCAAAACAACAGUUAUGAUAGCAGAUCAAAUAAUAACGAGAAUAGAAUAUGUACAUACAAACAGUAUCAUUCAUAGAGAUAUAAAGCCUGACAAUUUCAUGACUGGAAUUAACAAAAGAGCGAAUUUAAUUUAUAUCAUCGAUUUCGGAUUAAGCAAAAAAUACCGAGACCCCAAAACAAAGCAGCAUAUCCCAUAUAAAGAAAAUAGAAGUCUUACGGGGACUGCCCGCUAUGCAAGUGUGAAUGCACAUAUGGGGAUUGAGCUGAGUAGAAGAGAUGAUUUAGAAAGCAUUGGAUAUUUAUUUGUAUAUUUCACAAAAGGAGAGCUGCCUUGGCAACGAAUUCAAUGUGAUGGGAAAAAAGAAAAGUAUAAGAAAAUCAUGGAAUCCAAGUAUAGCACCCCAGUUGAAGUCUUAUGCAGAGGACUUCCUAUAGAGUUUGUAGAGUACUUGCUUUAUUGCAAGUCAUUAAGAUUUGACGAAAAGCCUGAUUACGAUUAUUUAAGAGGGCUGCUCAGAAAAGUAGCGCUUGACCAGAAUUUUACAUUAGAUCUGGAGUUUGACUGGAUUAUUAUUGACAAAAAAACACAUCAAAGUGAAACUGCUGACUCCAGCUUUGUGAGGACAAGACCUAAAUAUCAUAGAGUUCCUCAGCCCUUUCCAUAUGAUAUGGGCCAGGAAUCAGACUCGCAAAAUGAUUCAAAAACAAUCACGAGGCAGUCAUAUAUUGGCCCAGAAUUUAAUGAUAAACAGAAAAUUUUAGAUGGCCGUAGAGACUUCCUAGAUCGAUCAUUUAUUAGAAGAAAUAGUGUUCGAGAGAAGGCUAAUAAAAGUUGUCACAGAUAUAUUAAAAUGGUUUUGCGAUUCAGUCCGCCCUAAUAGUCACGGAAAUUAGUCAAAUUAAGUCUGACUAAGGCUUAUGUAUGUCCAAAAUAGGUUUGGCUUGGUUGGUUUCUGUAGCUGGAAAGAAGUGACUCGGCAAUGUCCUUCGGGACCAUCAGGGUUCACCUUGCACAACGUCAGAGGUUGUAGCAUAGGCCAAAGAGGCUGAGUCUUUUUCUGUAAAUACUGACAGCAGCCACCCAGCACAUGCUAGGCUCAGGAUUUUCAUGGAUCAAACUCCUCAGGAGACCAUUGUUAGAAAGGCAAGGAGAAGGCGUAACUCCCUUGCGUACACUUAUUUUGUACUGGUAGUAGGCAGCUUGGAGAAGAAGAAAUGUAGUUUAUGAGCAUUCGGCAAGCAAAUCAUUGCCUAUUUGGCUAUAUAGAGAUCUGUUUCGCAAAAUGGAUGAAAAUCCUAGGAUGUCCUUGGUGACUGCAUACCAAUAUGGUUUCCACCGCAUAUUAAUUAGUAUUAAAAAUUCAUUCGGCUAAGGUUUUCCUGACGCAAGUUGGGCAGUAACGCUGAGCUAAUCACCCAAUCUCAAUCUUGGCAAGUUUUUAUUCAUGAGUCAAAGGAAUCGAGAAUUGGAAAAGGGAUCUCCAAAUAGUGUUGAGAGUUUCUUGGCCAAUUGAAAUUAUUUCCCAGAGUGAAGCCAGGAGUUACGUCCUGAGCUUCGAAUUUCAUAUUUUAAGAGAGUGACCAGAAAAAUUCAAACCUUCUAAAGUUUCAAUGAUGGGUGCCCAUUUUGGCGGGAAAUAGCUGAAACCUUUCUUCCGAAUAACGAGUAGCAAGAGCUCUUGCCUGAUAAGAGCAAUCAUUCGUGAUCGCAUAAAACGAAAAAUACAAAAGGCGAGUAAGCAUUAGGGAAGAGGUAGUCCUUUCAAAAUUAUAGUGAGCUUUCUUAAAGUCUAAUAGCGUAAAAAAGCUGUCAUAUAUUUUAA